AUGGCAUCUCCAUUCCACAUCUCACACUACGACCAGGUCGAGCUGGAGCGUAAUGAGGCCUUCAGUACGAUGCGUGAGCAGCUGCGCCGCCAAGAAUGCGGCAUGGAGCGACCGAGUUUCUGCGCCUGCCACCGACUCUCCUGCACUCCGGACGAACAAGAGACCUUCCGCUUCCACCGCGAUAUCAUCCACACCCUCCUCGUCCCCCUCUUCUUGAUCAACCACCAAGCCGAGCGCACCGCCGCCCGAACACUCCCCAGCCAAAAGGGCGCCGAACCCGAACGCGCCUUCCGUGGCGAAGCUCGCUCCGCCUUUGCCUGGCUCAACUGCAUUCUCACCGAAGAACACGACUGGUACCUCACAGCCCGCUGCCCAGCCUGCAUCGUCCAGCACGUCCUCCACUCCGAGCCCACUAUCCGAUUUGUGACUGUUGCCUCGCAGCUGGCGGGCGCCAGUUCCGGCUUCCAAUGCUGGUUGACCGCGCUCGAGACCGCCGUCUGCGAAGACCCUUUCUGGGGCGAUGCUUUCUGGCCCGAUAUCGAGGAGCGUGCUUCGCGAUUGACUGACGGCGUGCGCCAGCUCGUUCGUCAAUGCUACGAACUCACCGCCAACCUGGAGAACCCUCAUGUCUCGGCCAAGGCCGCUGGAUCCGUCUACGCCAACCGCUCUGCGACCUGCACUAUCCCCCUGAAGCCGUCCAGCUUCGCCCGCAAGCAGGUGCGACUUACUCGGGAAGAGCAGCGAUACCGUUCUUCCCUGUGGACCUGCUCGGAGAUGAGACAGCCGCUGGCCGGCUGUACUACUGCGCCCAAGUCUCGACGCCGGUCGCUGACUUCAUGA